GCGAAGCUUGACAUUCAUCCCUACCUAUCAUCCCAUCUUCGCUUUACAAACACCGCUACGAGUUGCUAUAAUUUCAAGAAACGAAACAAACAAUAAACAAUGGUCCGCAUCGCCCUCUUUGCUCUUCUCUCCGUUGUCGCCGCUAUCCCGGCACCGCUCCAGCCUGACCCAGCUGGUGCUAAGAAUGUGGGCAACGGACAGGGUACCCAGUUCAUCGGCGGAGAGUGCUUGAGCUCGGCAGACUGCGCGUCGACGUGUUGCGCGGGAGUGUCAGGCCAGAGCUUUGGCUUGUGCUCCGGCCUCGGCGCGCAGACCCAAGCCGGCAAAACCGGCUGCGGCUUUGGCGACAACGGACAGGCUCAGCCCAAAAUCACGGGCACGAACUAAGCCGAGCCGUUUUAAGCGUUGCUAGCACUAGUGACAACCAGCAAUGAACGUCAGCCGCUCGGCCGAGAUGGUGGGAAACGUCAUACUGCUAGGGUAGUAUGCCGUCUUCGGAGGAUAUGCUAUAGAGUGUCGUAAAUAUGCCUUGCAUGGUACGAUAGGGUACAGUCAGAAGACCCUGACUGUCCGGGAUUGGUUAUAGUGUUUGACAUCAUCUGGGUUCAGCAUUGCAUUGCAUCUCUAGAAGAGGCGGGGACACUUCUAGAGCAAGGGAAAUAGGUGGCGGACACCUAAUUAUAUAG